CUGUAUUAGAGACUCUGUGGUAUUUGUGUCCGCUACUAGGCUGCAGCGCUGGGGCAGAUAUACAGAUACACAACAUUAGAGCAGCUCGGUGUUUUUCUCUGCACUCUGUGAUGUGAAAGAGCGCUGUGGGUGUGAAUCGGGGCCGGUGGAAGAUUAGCGCAGUGAGAGUCCGCAGCCCGGGCGGGUUUAUAUCAGCAUGAAUGAGCCGGAAGGACUGCGGUUCCGGAGGGUAAACAGACCCCAGAUUAUAACGGACGAGACCCACGAACCCCAGUACAAAGGCACGAGCACGUACAGCGGGAAGGUGUUUAAAGUUACUCUGCUGACCCUGGGAGGGUUCGUGCUCUUCCCUCUGCUGGUGGUCGUGUUUAUACUGGAGUCCCCCAUCCAGCCUGAAGCCUUCAGCCUCAAUGAGCCACCCUUGAUGACCGGCUGCUUUGAACCCAACCUAAAGCUGCGGCAGGCAGAGAGACUGUUGGAAGACCAGCUCGUCGGGCCAGAAUCUAUUGCCAAUAUUGGAGAUGUUCUGUAUACGGGUACUUCUGAUGGAAAGAUUGUGAAAAUUGAUGGAAGGAAAAUUACUGUUUUGGCGACUCUUGGCCAGCCUCCAUGUGGCUCUCGAGAGCAGGAGCAUGUGUGUGGACGGCCACUAGGAAUCAAAGUGGGCCCCAAUGGCACCUUGUUUGUUGCGGACGCCUAUUUGGGGCUGUUUGAGGUUAAUCCCGUCACAGGAGAGUCGACCCUCCUGGUCAGCACCAGGAAGAUGGUUGGGGGUCGGCGCUUAUCCUUCGUCAAUGACCUGGAUGUGACUCAGGAUGGGAAGAAGUUGUACUUCACGGACUCCAGCAGCAGAUGGCAGCGUAGAGACUACCUGAACCUCAUCAUGGAGGCUACAGCAGAUGGACGGGUUCUGGAGUAUGAUUUUGAGACCAAAGAGGUUACUGUGAUGAUGGAGAACUUGCGCUUCCCUAAUGGGAUCCAGCUUUUCCCAGAUGAAGAGUCUGUUCUUGUGGCUGAAACUACAAUGGCAAGAAUAAGGAGGGUUCAUGUGGCUGGUCUCAAUAAGGGAGGCAUGGAUACUUUUAUAGACAAUCUCCCGGGUUUCCCUGACAACAUCCGACGCAGCUCCUCAGGGGGUUACUGGGUGGCCAUGUCAGCUGUGAGGCCUAACCCAGGUUUCUCCAUGCUUGACUUCCUCUCCCAAAGGCCCUGGAUUAAGAAGCUCAUAUUCAAACUCUUCAGUCAGGACAUGCUGAUGAAGUUUGUGCCCCGUUACAGUCUGGUGGUGGAGCUGCAGGAUGGAGGAACGUGCGUACGCAGCUUUCAUGACCCACACGGCAUGGUGGCAGCCCACAUUAGCGAGGCCCACGAGCACAACGGCCACCUAUACCUGGGCUCCUUUCGUUCACCGUACCUGUGCAAGCUAGACCUAAGCAAGGUGUGAAAUAAUCCUGACGCUCCGCAGAACAAGAGGCCAUAUAGGUCACAAAGGCAUUUCUUGGGGCUGCUUAUCCUGUGUCAUUUCACACCACCUACAGUGAAGAAGCAAUUAACACUUCUGCCACAUUAACUGGAGCCCAUCACAACCUCUCCCGUAUAUUCCCAACCUGAAGCAAACCACCUGAAUCCUUCAAACACAUUCCCAUAACACAUUUCAGACUGUUAACACGUCAUUUUCAGCACUUCCUUACGCUUGGACUUUUAAUACCUCGGCCCCGUGUGAGUUCGACUUCAUGUUUAACAUCUCUUUUUAUGUUCUGUGGUGUAUUAAUAGCACAUCCGGCGCAUAUGCUAGAUUGUUUUAUUUAAGGGUUGGCAUUAUUAUUUUCAUUUCAACCUGUGAGUGAAAGUGCACCUGAUUUGUUUUAUUUGCACUGAACUGUCAUCUGGCCCUUAAAAUAGAGCUGCUGUUUUUCUUUGUACAGCCUAAAACAGGACUAUAAAAGCAGAUGAUGACGUGUGACGUAUGUCAUCACUUCAAACCAAAAUGUUUUUUCACAAGCACUAAAACACUCACAAACUCACCCCUUCCAGUAUUAUGUUCAACUGUUCCAACAUUGUUUUUGAUGAUCACAUUUUUAAACAUAUUUUGUGGGUUGCACAGUACUGUGCAAAAGUCAGAGACCAUUUUUCCUUUACAUUUUUUAGCAUCAUUGGGGAAAAAGCAGACACAUUGCAGAGAAGGCACAAUCUUAUUUAAGUAUUUUUUUUGCUGUUACUGUGUUCAGUGUUUUGCUUUUCUUAUCUCUGUACCUAAAUUCCACAGCUUCAAAAAAAUUUGUAAUGGGCAUUUUCACACCUCAACCUUUUAAUUCAGUUAUUGGACUCUGGUUUGUUUUCACUCUUGGUGCAAGUUUGGACAGGUGUCGAUACAGUAAUCAUUCUCAGAUGUGGAUCUAAACAACUGCGCUGAGACGAUUGAGAGGUGGGUAAUUUGUGGUGAAAACAUUGUCAGACCUGGAUCCAACCCAGCUAUGGGGGAGCUUUUACAUUUUUUUUGGUCCAGACUUUCAGACUUUUGAGUUUGGUCAGAAAAAAGUAGCAGGUAUGAAAGGGGUGCAAACCACAGUCCGGACCAAAAGUGUUGGUCUCUGUUUGAAUCUACUGAACUAUAGUCCAGUUUGUCUGCAGUGUGAAAACAACUUUUCUAGGUGGUCCGGACUUUUGGACCAAUUACAGGAAGUUGAGAGUCAAUAAACAAACCAGACAAGAAAAGAGUUGGUAUUGUGCUGAAAUCUGACUCCCCUUGGUGAGCAGGCGCAUCACACAGCAAUAUGAACACAAAUGUUUAGACUGGGAAUUAAUUUAUUUUCGGUAACAGUAGAUUAACCCUUAUUGAAAAACAAAAAAGUAAUAUUUUACACCCAUACUGCUGUGGCUCAUGCAUGUACAAAAAGCGUAGACAAAGAGCUAAAACACUUGACAAACAUUCUACAGACCAAUUAAUAUUAAAAAUAGAGAAAUGUAGACCACGUCACUGAUGACUGCAACAGGAUGUAGUACAGUUCUAACUAGACCAAAUGUACAGGUGUGAAAAUGCCCUAUGAGCUGUACUCCACAUUUACAUCCACGUUUAAUAUAAAUUACAUUCUGCAUGUAUAGUUUAACCUAACAUAUUAUCCAGAUAAUUACUAGAGCUAUGAACAAAUGCCAUUUCCCCUGUUGCUCCGUGUUAAACUUCACAGAAAUAUGCACCAGUCCAGAAAGCAAGACCUUCUUACUGUAUUUACUUUUUUUGCUUCCACGCUUGAUUAUUCUGACCAAUAAUUGAAGAGAACAUUCUCUCAUGGUUUGUUGUACUGAAAUUAUCCCUUAAAAACUCGUUACCUAUACUGAAUUAGAAUUAUAAGUGUAAAAUAC